AAUAAGAAACCACUUGUCUGUGUUUGAAGAAUUUCAUUGGACUUUUCCGCGGAAAAUAAUGUAAAAUCUAUGGAGAAUUUGUUAACCCUUCCGUAAAUUACUUUAUUUGAUUAAUUUUUGCAAUAAAAAAGCAUUUUUUGUAGUUUUUAUUAUCUUUUUAUUCUUCGUUUUCUCUUGUUUUUAUUACAUACUUUCCUUUUUUCCUAAAUCUUCCAAUCUUUCUGAUACAAAAACUUUUAACCUCUAGGCCGCCAAGCGGGGUCGUUGAACGACCCCAGCCCUAUAUUUCGUGCUAUAACUUAAUAAAUAUAAAAGAUACCAUUCCCAUCUUUUGGAAAUAAGUUCCUUGGUUAUCUGAGGAGGUUGUGUAAAAAUUUCAGCUCAAUCCGUCCACCACAAGAAAAGUUAUUAAGGAAAAUGUAGAAGAAGGGAAUUCAAAAAUUGGUGUAACGGCCAUGCUGCGGAAAAUUUCUUAGAAUGAAGUUAGUCACAUCAUAAAUCAUAUGGUUGAAGGGUUGUGUUUACUUUUUCACUUUACCUUCUCAGUGUCAGAAUUAUCGCGAAUAAGUAACAUAAACAACAUAAAACAUAAUUAGAAGCAUAUAAAUGUGCAAAACAAGAAAGAAUAUUCGAGAAAUAUUGCCAUUUAUCACGGUGCGGGAAGUGAGGGGAAUGUGGGGAAGUAGUGAAAAAAAAUAGCAAUUGCAGUCAACUUCGUGGCAAAUUUCUCAAGAAGAAAUUGUGAAAAAUGAGUGAAAAAUGUUUUUCCCUAAUAUCUUCUUCUGCGUGUUUCCGGGUGGCGAAUUUGUGAUGCAAGGGGCAAGAGGACUAUAUAAGGAGUCUAAAGGUAGUGACCCGACAGUUCCCGGUUUUAUAGUUUAUGAGAAAAUCGACGUCCUUCUUGGGGUCGUUCAACGACCCCACCUUGGCGCUCUAAGGAAGCUCCAAGGUCUUGGCGGCCAGCAGGUUAAAAAUACCUUUGGAGUUUCAACCAAAACUUCAAAUUGGUAAAAGCAGAAAGCAGCUUUUCAACAUAACCCAACUUUUCAUCGUGCAUGAAUUUUUCUUACAAAAAAGUCUCAUAGGAAAUUGCAAGAAAAUCAAUUAAAAACAGCCUUGAAUCCUUUUUGAUAUCCUGCCAAAUAUUGUGCAAGAACUUCCGGAAAAUCUGGAAAACUUCCCUAAUCACUUGGAACUAUUACUUUGACCAUAAACUGUGUGAUAAAAGUGCGUUGAUAUCGCACAACUUUGUGAAAUUCAGCAGAUAGACGUGAACUUGGAGCGAUAUGACACUACCUGUCUUGGAACCAUCAUCCCUGGUCAACGGUGCAGCAAUUCUCCUAUCAUUCUUUGCUGGCUACAAGUACGCCCAAAUGGUGGCGGAGAGGAAUCGCGAGCAGAAAAGUGAAUCGUGCAGUAAAAUGGAAUCGCCGGUCUUCCGUGACAAUGGGGAGUACAAGAUGAUCCUCGUGGUGAGGAAUGACCUGAAGAUGGGCAAAGGAAAAAUCGCCGCACAAUGCGGACAUGCUGCUGUUGGAGCCUUCCAAAGUGCCAUGCGGAAGAUCCCUCACAUUGUGCGACGCUGGGAGAAUUCCGGAUGUGCCAAAAUUGCCGUAAAAGUGGAAAGUGAGGAGGAACUAAUGCAAAUACGCCACAGAGCCAAUGCCCUGCAACUCAGUACGUGCCUAAUCCGCGAUGCAGGACGCACACAAAUUGAACCCAACACAAAGACAGUCCUUGCCAUUGGCCCAGCUCCGUGUCAGGAAGUGGAUAAAGUUACUGGACAUUUGAAAUUGCUCUAAAUCUCUUUUUUUAUGAUUAUUUGUGUUCAUCAUUAAUAUUUAUAUAUUUCCGAGUGAUUCUCAACAAAAAAAAUGUUUUGAAAAAUGAAUUAAGAGAAAAUGAGAGGAGAGACUUACAGGAAGUUCUGCGCUUUAGAACCAGAGAUCACCUUCAGCUUCCCCCUCAUUCUCAACAGUUGGUUCUUCCUUUGUGAUCGUCAAGAUGAGAUUAUUGUCCUCCUCAUCCGUGUCAGAGAUGGCCAAAUCAUCCUGAAUAGCCACACUUGGGUUCGGAAGCGGAACAGGAUCUUCAGCUGGUGGCAUUUGUGGCAUUUCCAUUUGCUGCAAUUCCGGCACAACCACCGACGUACGCUGUUGGGCCGUGGAUGUACUUGAGGACAUUCCCAAAAAGUCCGAUGGAUCGUAAUUUGGAUCCAAAUCCAUUGAUUCAUCGUCAUAUGCAGCUGCACCGGCAAUUGCUUCCUUCCCACCAGCUCCAGUUGCCGUGUAGAAGCCAAUUCCACUCAGUUGUACCAUUGCCUCAGCCGCUUGUUGACUAUCAUCAUCUCCAUGAACUCCUGCAACCCAAAAAAAAGUCCCAUCAAUUAGCAUUUCCUGCCCAUUCCAACAAAAUAAUAAUAAUCCCAAAUAUCUCACCUAUUGAACUUCCUCCUCCACCACCACUAAUUGCUGAUCCACUCCUAUUGAGUCCCUCACCCUGUGCCAGAGUCUCCACAACGCUCUCAUGAUCAUUGUCACUCCCAACUUCCUCAAAUUCCUCAUCAUCCGUGGAGAAUUGCAAAUCUUCCGGGAAAAUGGACAAGAUGUUAAUUUUAAAAAAUCACAAAUUAUAUUUUUUAAUUAAAAGUCAAAUUUUUGAGCCCAGAAAAAAAUUCUUUAUGGUCUAUUCAAAUCAACUUUGCAUUAAAACUCCACCAGGUUGUCACACAUUUCAACCAAUAAACACUCAAGU